GAACCCUAGUUGCACUUACCCUGAGUCAUUUCUUCAUCAAUGGCUGCAACUCCUACCAACUCUUUUCAAACUCCCUCAAAACCUAAGUUGCGAUCGCAAUCCAAUGCUAAAUCCUCACCAGCUAUAGCCUCCUCCGUUACCCCACAACCCCUACCUCCUCGCAGAUCCACGCGCCCAAAGUCCCUUCCAUUCGAUUCUCCCAAAAAUUCUCAUGGCGUCAAUGCAUCUUUUGAAAAUUCACGAGCAACUCCGAAAAGAGGGAAAGCCAGGGAGAAUCUCGAUCCGGCUAGGUCGAGGACUCGUCGAUCCAUCGACUACGUUGAUGAUUCUGGUAAGGACAAAGUUAUAACCCGUACUAGUGCAGCUAGAGGAAGUGGUUCGGUUGAUAUAGGUGGAUCUGGCACGAAGGGUGAAGCAUUGAAGAAGAGAAAUGGGAAGGGUGCAGUUGAAGUCUCCUUCGCUCCAGUGUCCCCUGAUAAAAAGGAAGCUAAGAAGAGGAAUAGGGAGGGUGAAAGAACGGUUGUUACUAGAGCUUUGACUGCGAAAAAAGGGAAAUCAGAGAACCUGAAAAAGAGUUCAAGGUCGCCCAAGAGCCGUGUGUAUUUUAAAAGAGUUGUUUAUGAUGGGGGCGAGUUUGAAGUGGGGGAUGAUGUUUAUGUGAAAAGGAGAGAAGAUUCAACCUCGGAUGACGAAUAUCAUGAAGUGGAGGAGUGUAGAUUGUGUUUUUGUUCAAGCAACGAGGUCAUGAUUGAGUGUGAUGCUUGUUUAGGUGGGUUUCAUUUGAAAUGCUUGACGCCACCAUUAAAGGACGUUCCUGAAGGGGAUUGGAUAUGUGGGUUCUGUGAGGCUCGUAAGAUGGGUAAGGAGGUUAAAUUUCCAAAGGCUCCAGAGGGUAAGAAACUAGUUAGGACAAUGAGGCAGAAGCUUCUUUCAAGUGAUUUGUGGGCUGCUCAUAUUGAGAGUAUAUGGAAAGAAGUAGAUGGCAAUUAUUGGUGUCGGGUACGGUGGUAUACAAUUCCCGAAGAGACUGCUGCUGGGCGACAACCGCAUAACCUGAGCAGGGAGCUCUAUCGAACUAAUGAUUUUGCAGACAUCGAGAUGGAAUCUGUCCUUAGACAUUGCUAUGUCAUGAUCCCCAAAGAAUACGCUAAGGCUGGCAAUGAGGGAGAUGAUGUUUUCUUGUGCGAAUAUGAGUAUGACAUCCAUUGGCACAGUUUCAAACGUCUUGCUGAUAUUGACAAUGAAAGAGAGAAUGGUGAAGAGACUGACAGUGACGAAGACUGGAAUCUUUACAAGGAACCAGACUCUGAUUCAGAUGAAGAAGAUGGUGAAUAUGAAGAGGAGAAUUUUAAAAAUGUGCAAUCUCAGCCAUCAACAGGCCAUCAAUUAGCCGCAAAUCUGCACAAGGGACGGUUCUUUGGACUUCAGAAGAUAGGCACACAAAAAAUUCCACAGCAUGUAAGGUCUCACAAACAGACAGAUCUCGAGAGAGCAAAAGCUACACUGUUGUUAGCAUCGUUGCCUAAAUCUUUACCUUGUAGAAAUAAAGAAGUGGAGGAGAUAACUUCAUUCAUUAAAGGUGCUAUUUGUGACAAUCAAUGUCUGGGGCGUUGCCUCUACAUUCAUGGUGUUCCGGGAACUGGCAAGACAAUGAGUGUACUAGCAGUAAUGAGGAGUUUGAGGUCAGAAGUUGAUGCGGGAAACAUCAAACCCUACUGUUUUGUGGAGAUAAAUGGUCUAAAAUUGGCAUCAGCAGAGAAUAUUUAUAGGGUCAUAUAUGAGGCAUUAAAUGGACACAGGGUCAGCUGGAAAAAGGCUCUCCACUUGUUAAAUGAGAGAUUUGUAGAAGGGAAGAAAACUGGAGAAGAGGCUGACCGGCCAUGUAUUUUGCUUAUUGAUGAACUUGAUCUUCUUGUAACCAGAAACCAGUCGGUUCUGUAUAAUAUUCUUGACUGGCCUACUAAGCCACAUUCCAAACUAAUUGUGAUAGGGAUAGCAAAUACUAUGGAUCUUCCAGAGAAGUUACUUCCUCGUAUAUCAAGCCGAAUGGGAAUACAGAGACUUUGCUUUGGCCCAUAUAAUUAUCAGCAGCUUCAAGAAAUCAUUUUGAGUCGUCUCAAGGGAAUUGAUGUAUUUGAAAAGCAAGCCAUAGAAUUUGCUUCAAGAAAGGUUGCAGCGAUCUCGGGAGAUGCUCGACGCGCUUUGGAGAUAUGCAGACGUGCAGCUGAAAUAGCAGAUUAUCGUAUGAAGAAGCUAAUUUCGAAUCCUGAUUUUGUCACUGCAGGAAAGGGACUUGUUGGUAUGGCAGAUGUUGAAGCAGCCAUUCAAGAAAUGUUUCAAGCACCUCAUAUUCAAGUGAUGAAAAGCUGUUCCAGACUUAGCAAAAUCUUCCUGACAGCUAUGGUGCACGAGCUUUAUAAAACAGGAAUGGGGGAAACCACUUUUGAAAAGUUGGCAAUGGCGGUUUCGUGUCUCUGUACCAGCAACGGAGAAGUGUUUCCUGGAUAUGAUACUCUCCUGCAAGUUGGCUGUAAGCUAGGCGAAUGCAGGGUUAUUUUAUGUGAAGCUGGUUCCAAGCACAGGUUGCAAAAAUUACAGCUCAAUUUCCCGAGCGAUGAUGUUUCCUUUGCGCUGAGAGACGGCAAAGAUGUACCGUGGUUGUCGAAGUAUUUAAUGUAG